UUGUAGGUCAAUAUACAUGUAUACAGUCAUAGUUAUCUGACCACCUGUGACAAUGGCGAAGAUACCUGAAGACUUUUGGCUUGAGGGACUUGUACCAGCUGUUUUCACUCCCUUUGAUCGAUCUGGAGAGCUUGACUUGUUCAAAAUUGAACCAUACUGUGCAUACUUGUUGAAAAACAAUAUCAAAGCCAUAUAUGUCAAUGGGACGACGGGAGAGGGGAAAUCUUUGACCAAAGAUGAAAGAAAGAAAAUCCUUGAAAAGUGGAUCCAAGUUUCUGAGGGAAGGUUAAAGAUUGUUGCCCACGUUGGUGUUUUGAACGUUCGAGAAAGCAAGGAACUGGCAAAACACGCAGAAGAGAGCGGGGCAGAUGCCAUAGCUUCGCUCCCACCUUUGUUCUUCAAGCCUCAAUGCAUAGACACUCUUAUAGAACACUGCAAGGCAAUAGCCGACGUGGCGCCUCACCUGCCGUUUUACUACUACCAUUUGCCAAUCAUGACAGGUGUUGAUUUUAAUAUGGAAAAUUUUCUUCGAGAAGCAAAAAAAUCUAUUCCAAAUCUGGCCGGAAUUAAGUUUUCAUCAAAAGACCUGGUGGAUAUGAUCGGAUGUGUCUUCCAAGAUAACAUGAAUGUUGUGUUCGGUUGCGAUGAGCAACUCCUUGCUGGGUUAGUUACCGGGGCUCAUGGAGCAGUCGGGAGCACACAUAACUUUAUGCCAAAAGUCUUUGAGAGAAUGAUGGAGAAUAUCAAGACAGGAGAAAUGCAGAAAGCACGAGAGGAACAAUUGCGUGUUCAAAAGCUUUGUAGGCUAAUGUACAAAUACGGAUCUAUCUUGGGAGGAAAUGUUGCAGCCCUAAAAUACUUCAUGCCGCUGGUUGGUCUCGAUCUGGGUCCUCCGAGAGAACCAAUGAAAGCCAUGAAUGAAAACGAGGCUCGACAGUUUAAAAAAGAUGUAGAAGACUUGGGAUUCUUUACAUGGGAUCCUGCAACAAUUGUAUAAAAUUCUGAAAAUACGAUAGAAUUUUGUUAAUACUAAUAAAUUACGCAAAACCAAAACAUCAAUCUACCAACACCUUUAACUUACAUUUUUAUUAAGGAUGACAUUUGUAUAAUUUCUGAAAAAUGUUGUCAGUUAGAUGGUAAAUGAAUGAUAUCGUGUUUCGUAUACUAAAUAAAUACAUUUAUCAC